AUGCCUUCCUCCAUGUGGUAUGAGCACUGGGAUAAGAUGAAGAGCGUACGCAGCAAGUUUGUGGAUGUUUUGCGGCUGCACGUGCGGGGUGGAGCGGGGGGCAUGGGUCUGCUGUGCCUCAGGGGAGUGGGUGGCGCAGGGGGUGACGUGUAUGUGGAGGGGAAGGAAGACCACUUCUCACCCUGCUCUCCCUCUCAGACCACUUCUCACCCUGCUCUCCCUCUCAUAGACCACUUCUCAUUCUGCUCACCCUCUCAUAGACCACUUCUCACCCUGCUUUCCCUCACAGACCACUUCUCACCCUGCUCUCCCUCUCACAGACCACUUCUCACCCUGCUCUCCUUCUCACAGACCACAUCCCUCUUACCCUGCUCUCUCUGUCUGUCUCUUUCCCCCCACAGGCCACAGUCUGCUGAAGCUGUGCAAGGCUCGGCCAGACCAGCGGGACACAUUGUGAAGCUGGAACUGAAGCUGUUGGCCGAUGUGGGUCUGGUGGGCUUCCCUAAUGCUGGCAAGUCCACACUGCUGUGGGCCAUCUCCAGGGCCAGACCCAAGAGUGUAGCAGCUACAAGCAAACCCACCACUCCCAAGCAGAGGCACAACACAGCUCACUACAGCCCACCAAGAAUAUCUGUCAGCUUUACCCCCGACCUGGGCUUAGGUUAA